CCCGUCGAGUCUGCAAACAAGCGCGUGGAAUUAUCCGUGCAUGCGCGACCAUGGCACGUCUUGGUUUACAGGUGCGACGGACGAGCCGCUCUUUCGGGGUGCGUGGCUCAGCUCUGCAGCUGCUCCCCUGCUCGAAGGUCGUGGAGCCCCUCCUGCAGGGCGGGGGCCGACGCGGCGAGCAGGUGCGCUGGGGCUUCUUCGCGGUGUACGACGGCCACGGAGGGCGGCAGGAGGUGGACUACUGCGAGAAGAAGCUGCACGACGUCGUCCUCGCCGAGCUGCGCGCGAUGGUCCCCGGCCCGAACUGUCAGGAGGGCGUGAAGGCCGCCCUCGCCUCGGCCUUCAAGAAGGUCGACCGCCAGCUGGAGAUGCUGGGGGCCUGGAGCAGCGGCUGCACGGCGACGGUGGCCUUGGUGCGGCGGCAGAGCGCGGGAGCGACGCUCUUCGUGGCCAACGUGGGGGACUCGAGGGCCGUACUGCUCGGCGGCCGCCGCGGCUUCCAGCGGGUCAGCAGGGACCACAAGGCCUCGGACCCGGCGGAGGCGCAGCGGGUGGUCGAGGAGCUCGCGGCCCUUCCCCGGGAGGCGACGAGAGGCUCAGGUCGGGCGAGUUUCGAGGUUCGAGGCCUUGAGGUUCUCGCACGUCCUCGUCGGUCCUCGGCGGCGUCCCCGCCCAGGGGUUGCCCUCCAGCGGCUGCGCCUCGACGAGAG